UACGAAAAUACCUUGAAACAAUUAAUUCCGUAAAAUAUAUAUCCAUACUGUAUCACGACUGUAGCGUUUCUCAGGGAGUAGCCUUCAUUCUGCAAGUGAAAACCGGACGUGGCUCUUUUUGAUCCCUGGAUGACUUGACAUAAACGGAUGCUGUAUCCUGUAGCUCUGACCCGCAGAGAUUUUUUUUGCAGCCAGGAUAAAGAUCCCACACUGUGGGGAUAAAUUAGUCUUAAAAACAGUUUGCCUUAAUUUUUUAAAAUAUAUAUAUAUAUAAAUAUAUAUAAUAAUUGUAUCUCAGAAAUCAUAUUGUUCCAGCGGAGAUGUGCUGAUGAUUUCUCACCCAGCGGCGGCUGUCAGAGAACAUAACUCCUGUACAAACUAUCCCUCGGACACAUCGUUAUCCUCUCCUCGUCGCUGCCGCGCGGCGUUUUCAUCCCCGAGCGCGAGUUGCCGUGAUUCACCCGGACCGAAGUGUUGAUACGCGGAGGAAGCGACCGACCGACCGACCGUCGACACACACACACACGGUGCAGACCGACCGUGAUGGAUAAUGCUCAUACCAAGACGGUGGAGGAGGUGCUGGGCUUCUUCUAUGUAAACGAGUCCACAGGUUUGAGCUGUGAGCAGCUGAAGAAGAACAGGGAGCGAUGGGGACCCAACGAACUACCAGCUGAAGAAGGGAAAUCCCUUUGGGAGCUGGUCCUGGAGCAGUUUGAGGAUCUGUUGGUCCGAAUCUUGCUGCUGGCUGCGUGCAUUUCCUUUACUCUGGCUUGGUUCGAAGAAGGGGAAGGAACGAUCACAGCCUUCGUUGAACCCUUUGUCAUCCUCCUCAUCCUCAUUGCCAAUGCUAUCGUCGGGGUCUGGCAGGAGCGCAAUGCUGAGAAUGCCAUUGAGGCCCUCAAGGAGUACGAGCCAGAAAUGGGCAAGGUCUACCGACAGGACAAGAAGAGCGUCCAGAGAAUCAGAGCACGGGACAUUGUCCCUGGGGACAUUGUGGAAGUUGCAGUCGGUGAUAAGGUCCCAGCUGACAUCAGGCUGACGUCCAUCCGUUCCACCACGCUGAGGGUGGACCAGUCCAUUCUGACAGGGGAGUCCGUUUCCGUGAUCAAACACACGGACCCGGUACCAGACCCCCGAGCGGUCAACCAAGACAAGAAGAACAUGCUCUUCUCUGGCACCAACAUUGCAGCAGGGCGCGCCAUCGGGGUUGUCGUGGCAACAGGGGUGCAGACAGAGAUUGGUAAAAUUCGUGACGAGAUGGCGUCCACAGAUCCUGAGAGGACCCCACUGCAACAGAAACUGGACCAGUUUGGAGAGCAGCUGUCUAAAGUUAUCACUUUGAUCUGCGUGGCAGUGUGGGCCAUCAAUGUGGGACAUUUUAAUGAUCCUGUGCAUGGAGGCAGCUGGCUGAGAGGAGCAGUAUAUUACUUCAAGAUUGCUGUGGCUCUGGCUGUGGCUGCCAUACCAGAAGGCCUCCCAGCAGUCAUCACCACCUGCCUGGCACUGGGCACCAGGAGGAUGGCCAGGAAGAACGCCAUUGUCCGCAGCCUGCCUUCAGUGGAGACUCUGGGCUGUACGUCUGUUAUCUGCUCUGACAAAACAGGAACCCUGACGACCAACCAGAUGUCAGUGUGCAGGAUAUUUGUAGUGGACAGUGUGUCAGGGCAACACUGCAACCCGAGCGAGUUCACUGUGACUGGAUCUACUUACGCCCCUGAAGGGGAAGUUUUCAAGGACGGCUCCGUGGUGAAGUGCAGUCAGUACGAAGGCCUGGUGGAGAUGGCCUCCAUCUGUGCUCUGUGCAAUGACUCAUCACUGGAUUUCAACGAAGCAAAGGGAGUGUAUGAGAAGGUUGGGGAAGCAACAGAGACUGCCCUCUGCUGCCUGGUGGAGAAAAUGAACGUCUUCGACACCGACCUGAGAGGUUUGAGCCCAGUCGACAGAGCUACAGCGUGCUGCUCUGUGAUCAAGCGGCUGAUGAGGAAAGAGCUAACACUGGAGUUCUCCAGAGACAGGAAGUCCAUGUCUGUCUUCUGUUCCUCCAAUAAACUCAACCGGUCUGCCUCUGGAAACAAGAUGUUUGUUAAGGGAGCUCCAGAGAGCGUGCUGGAGCGGUGUACUCACAUCCGGGUCAGCGGUUCCGCCCGUGUUCCUCUAAAACCAGCAGUUCGAGAGCAGCUCCUGUCCACCGUGCGGGAGUGGGGGUCAGGCCGGGACACGCUGCGUUGCCUUGCUAUGGCAACCAGGGACACACCCCCUGACAUCAAUAGUCUCAACCUGGAGAACUCAGCCACCUUUGCUGAAUACGAGUCGGACCUGACCUUUGUGGGCUGUGUGGGCAUGUUGGACCCCCCCAGGAAAGAGGUACUUGGUGCUGUCCGAAUGUGUCGGCAGGCUGGCAUACGAGUCAUCAUGAUCACAGGUGACAACAAAGGGACAGCGUUGUCCAUCUGUCGGAGGGUGGGGAUCAUCACGGAGCAGGAAGAGGAACAGGGGGGCGCGGUCAUGGGAGGCCUGACAGGGCGGGAGUUUGACGAGCUGCCCCCCCACCUGCAGCGCGAGGCCUGCCGAACGGUGCGGUGCUUUGCCCGGGUGGAGCCGGCGCACAAGAGUCGCAUAGUGGAGUAUCUGCAGAGCUUGAGUGAAAUCACUGCCAUGACGGGCGACGGCGUGAACGACGCCCCGGCGCUGAAGAAGGCGGAGAUCGGCAUUGCUAUGGGCAGUGGCACCGCCGUGGCCAAGUCAGCGUCCGAGAUGAUCCUGGCUGAUGACAACUUCUCCACCAUUGUGGCGGCUGUGGAGGAAGGCCGAGCUAUUUACAACAACAUGAAACAGUUCAUCAGAUAUCUGAUAUCAUCCAACAUAGGAGAGGUGGUCUGUAUUUUCCUGACAGCCGCACUCGGCAUGCCUGAAGCUUUGAUACCAGUCCAACUUUUAUGGGUCAACCUGGUCACUGACGGUUUCCCAGCAACAGCUCUGGGCUUCAACCCCCCUGACCUGGACAUCAUGUCCCGCCCACCUCGCUCCCACAAAGAGCCUCUCAUCUCCAGCUGGUUGUUCUGUCGCUACCUCAUCAUCGGAUGCUAUGUGGGAGCAGCCACGGUUGGAGCGGCUGCCUGGUGGUUUAUGGCAGCCCAUGAUGGACCCAAACUUUCCUUCUAUCAGCUGUCCCACUACCUGCAGUGCGGCGAAGGCCACGUUGAGUUUGCUGGUGUGCAAUGUUCAGUCUUUGAGUCUCCGUAUCCCAUGACUAUGGCGCUGUCCGUCUUGGUUACCAUAGAGAUGUGCAAUGCCUUGAACAGUCUUUCUGAGAACCAGUCCCUGCUGAAAAUGCCUCCCUGGUCAAACCCAUGGCUGGUGGGAGCCAUCUGUCUGUCCAUGGCCUUACACUUCCUCAUUCUAUAUGUAGACCCGCUGCCGGUGAUAUUCCAGAUCCGCCCUCUGUCGUGGCCUCAGUGGGUGGUGGUGCUGAAGAUGUCACUUCCUGUCAUCUUCAUGGACGAGGCACUCAAGUUCCUGGCCCGCAACUACAUCGAGCCGGGAAACCAGCUCCUGUCAUUGGAAGAGGAAGAGGAGCUGCGGGGAAACAGGGCCAGUCCUGGAUUGGUCGGUGCCGUGAUGAGAAGGCUACGCCAGUCGUUGAGGGGUGUGUCUUGGUCGUUCUUCCUGAUCUCCACGCCGCUGGUGAUCUGGAUCUUCAGCCUGGACUCUGAUAUCACUAACAUCUUCUGGGAGUGAUGGGAGAAAGAGAGGACAGGUGGACUGAAGACGACAGAGAGAAGCUAAAGCAGGAGUAAUGAGGGGGGGGGGGGGGGGGGG